ACUGCUGCUGCUUCCUUCAUCAUUCCUCUUCUUCUUCAACUGCGUAAUCUUCGACUUCUCUUUUCUAUACAGCGCUAGCUUGCUUGUCGCUGUCCCUGCCAUCACUCCCGUGUUUGCUGCUCUGCGGGCGCUUUAACUAGACGCUACCGCCUCAAAAAACGUCCCCAGAUAAUCGUAAUCGACUGCGCUGCUAUUCCCCACGGCCUUGUUCUCUCCCAUCGUAUUUAUAUGUUCAAUACCCGUCCUGCGAACGCUCCUGUAAGCGUGUCACCUUAGACUCGACUACGUUUCAACCCCAGAUCCGGCAAAGUUUGUGUCCUCCCGAGGCCUUAUUUCGAACUCUUGGGUUUCACCUUUUUUUGCUCCGAUCCCACUCAGCGCACCGCCGCCAGACGUUGGCCUAGCUGAGCCCUCACUGCGGACUCCGACACACUACACGCCCUAGUUCCUCCUGCCAGAUCUCACCGCACUGCGAACGCUGUGAAACAUGAUGAAUGCGCCAGGCCGCAAUGGCACGUUGUCGCCUGUCUCUACCGAUAGCACCGAAUGGUCCCCCAUCACUCGAUACCAAAGCUUGGGAGGAGGAAGCGACAAUCCAUACUCCCCCGCCCUCCCACCGAACAACCGUGGCGGUAUUACGCCGCCCGCAUCCGUACACAGUAGCACAAACGUCACCGAUGGAGGCAUGCCAAAUGGAAUGGGGCGUCCUGCAGGAAACGGCAACCCGUCGCCCCCCAGCUCUGUAGGCCGCUCUAGCGACGGAACUGGCCUUUAUGCCCAAGGUCUUCCCGAUCAGAACUUGAACAGACAAAAGAUGAUGAAGUUGGAGGAGACACUAUCAGAACAUUAUCGCGUACUACGAAGCUAUCUCGCACCGUACAUCAACGACGAGAAGGGAAACCCACGGGCGAGCAGGGCCAAGGACAAGCUUACACGACUCUCGGUUGUCCAAUUCCAGGAACUCAGCACCGAUGUCUACGACGAGUCGAUACGAAGAGAGCAAGAUCGCAAACGAGGGGGGCCAGGUGCUCCAGGAAACGAUACCCCACAGUUCUUGCUACCGAAGACUACAUUCCACCCGAAGCGCAACCAAGCGCGACAGAAGCUCUCCACACUGCCCCUCGAGCGCUUUCGACAACUUGCUACCGAUGUCUUUUAUGAGUUGGAGAGGAGGUUCCCCCGUUUCACCGGCGGCGAGAUCCCGCGAAGCUCCAGUCCCGCAAGCAGUAUAAUGAGUUCGGCGAGCAGGAACGGACCGAGUCGGGUCGGCACACCAAACAGUAUGGGUGGAGGCAUGCGUGGACGCCCGCCGCCUGGUGGUCCACCAAAUUUCCGUGGUCCACCACCACCAGGGGCCCAUAGACCCGGCGCGCCGAGCAAUGACUUUGGUCGACCUUUACCGAAGACCUUCCAACAGAACACAAUCGUGCCAAAUAAGGGUACCAUGGUCGAGGAUGAUGAUGACGACAGCGCAGCAAAUGAAGAUGAUGAAGACGCAUUCAACCUUGAGGGUGCUGCUCCACGACAGAGUCGACGACAGACGAACAAGAGCAUGAGGAGUCUUAAUCCCGAGAACGAGAAGCUCGUGGCAGACUUGCAAUCCCAAGUCGCAGAUUUGCAAUCCAAACUGCAGUCAUUAGAAGGGUCUUUGAAAGAUAAAGAUACCGAGGUGCAGAGAUUGCAAGACGCCGACAAGCAACGAGAUAGCACAAUUGCCUCUGAACGAGCGGAAUGGGAUGAGCUUCGCUACUCCUUGGAAGACAAGGUCGGAAAGGCCGAAGACCUCAACUCAUCCUUGCGAUCAGAAAUCGAACGGAUACGAACGGAGAAUUCAGAGGUCGAGCGUGGCCUGAGAGACCAAAUUGCUGAUUUGGAACAGCGGCCUCCCCAGCAAGUCUCCAACACUGGCGAUGACGAGUGGCGACGUCGCGCUGAAGAGCUCGAGCAAGAAUUGAAUGAGCAACAGCAGCUUGCGGAUGAAGUACGAAGAGACGCCUCACAGUAUCUACAGGAAAUGCGGGAACUAUCAGCCCGUAGCGACCUAGCCAUGGAGAAAGACGAGAAGUUGUCACGACAAGUAACAUCGCUGGAAGCAGAGGUCAAAGACUGGAAGUCUCGAUACGCCCGGUUAAAGACUCAGAUACGCACCCUGAAGGCUUCAUCAAUCGGACUGGCGCCACUGGCUUCUCCCAACGUCGCCAACUACGGUCGCGACGGAACCUUGAGUACCCCAGAUGGCAUGGUCAAGGACGUUCAUCUUACUAAAUUCCAGCUUAGCAUCGACGAAUUGUUGCAGGUUGCUCGACGUCCAGAGUCAGAGCAGGUUCUCGAGAGCAUGAAGCAUGUGGUGAAGUGCGUACGAGCAAUCACUGGAGAUAUUGACAGCACGCCUCUUUCUCAGAUGCAAUCGCCCAACAGCAGUGUCAAUGGUGAUGCUUUUGCAAGCCCGGAAAAGCAGCAGAUGAAGCUCAAAUCCCGUGUCAGCGCCACCGCGAAUAACCUGAUCACUGCUAGUAAGAACCAUGCGUCCUCCAAUGGCCUGUCUCCCGUCAGCCUUCUCGAUGCCGCCGCCAGCCAUCUCUCGACCGCCGUUAUUGAAUUAGUCAAGCACGUUAAAGUGAGGCCAAGCUCAAAUGAUGAGCUUGAACUUGAAGAGGAGGAUGACAUGCCGAUGCCAUUGAAGCCAAAUGGACAAACGACAUAUUCGACCUACAAUCCCUACAACUCAAAUGCAACCAAUGGCGGAUUGAACGGGGCUGCUCAGGGCCACACCAGGCAUCGCAGUCGUGGAGGUAGCAGUAGUUCGGCGGGUUACAGUACCUAUAGUUCUCCCUACAGCGGAUAUGACAGGCAAAGCACCGGGAUGAAUGGUUUGGGAUUCGAGAAGGAUGUUGGUAUGACUGAGUUCAAGAAUUACCUGGAUGAGCAGACCGACAAGCUCGUCAAGAGCAUCCAGCCACUCGUCGACCUUAUUCGAUCGAAUCCGAUCUCCACGCCUGCAGAAGAACAGCAAAUCUCUGCUUACUUGAGGGAUAUUUCUUAUGCUAUAGAAGAUACGGGCUCCCAGACGCGUGAAGCCGUUCAGAAGACGAAGAAUCUGGCUCUGAAGAAGCACGCAAUUCCCGUUGUUGAAGUUCUCGAAGAGUGCAGGCAGAGUCUGCUCGAUAUCAGCAGUCGAGACAGCGGUCGAGAGCGGGUGUCUCAGCUUGCUUUCAAGACUGCACGAACUAUGAAGGAACUCGUUCUACGUGUCGAACGCAUCGAAACUGGCGAGCUUAGUGCUGACCAAACCCUCCGUGACGACUUUUAAUUUCUUUUCUCUUUUGCGGCAUAUACUUCUUACGGUACCCUCUGCGGACCUCCCCGUUUGCGUCACAGGCGAGCGUGACAUUUUGAAUUCGACCAACCUCUUACUCGUUCUAUAUCUUUUUCUCUCGCCAUUUGGAUCUU